ACUCACACUCCAUCUAGCUCUCUUUCAUUCUCUCUCUCUCAUUCUCAACACCACCACCACCACCACCACAUCCACAUCCACAUCCACAAUGGCCACCUCCGUCCAGACCCCCAACGGCAUCGCUCCCCACCUCAAGAUCGUCGACCGUGUCAACUCGGUCCCCGUCGUUCACGACUCUGUCGCCUACGCCGAGCACCUUAUCAACUCGACCCAGAUCACCUCGAACCUCUACCAGACCGUUCUCGGCCUCGCCGCCCGCGCUCUCCAGACCGCCGAGCCCGUCAUCACCCGCACCCAGCCCCUCAUCAACUCGGCUGACAACCUCGCCGUUGCCACCUUUGACCGUGUUGAGGCCGCCUUCCCUUACCCCUUCAAGACCCCCACUCAGGAGCUCGCUGGCUUCAAGCAGGCCAAGGCCUUCCACGAUGCGCGUGUUGUUCCCGCCAUCGAGGAGGUCCUGAAGAAGACCUCGGCCAUCAACACCGAGCUCGGCUCGCUCCAGACCCGUGCCGCCGAGGUCAUCCACAAGGGCGAGAAGGCAUCCCACGAGCUGGUUGAGCAGCUCAAGGCCCUCCGCGAGCAGUCCAAGGACCUUCCCGCCCAGCUCAUCGACGGCCUCGGCAAGGUGACUACCGACGUCAAGGCAAUCGUUCUCGCCAAGGACGGCACCGUUCAGGAGAAGACCAACAAGCUCGGCUCGUACGUUGUCGAGCAGGUCAAGCCUAUCAUCGACGAGAUUUACAAGCACGUCGUUGGCGCCAAGAAGGCCGCUGUCGAGAAGGCGCAGGCCGCGGCUCCUCAGCAGCAGCAGACCCCCGCUCCCUCCCAGGAGAAGGUCCCCGACACCCACUCGGAGUAGAAAACUCUGAGAGGUGUGUCGGUCGGCACGCAACGAGCCCCGCGUGCGCUAGGGCUAUAGUAUAGACUGAUUCCUUCAAAACCCCUCCUAGCCUCCGGAUGAGAUGUUUAUAGAUUCAUGUGCUUUGACGCCAAGGUCACCACCCGACGCUCAUGAUAUCCCAGUGUUUUGUAUCUGAAAUGCGAUGACUACUGCUUUGUGGGA